AUGGCUCUCCUGCUCCCUCUACUGGCCGCCGUGGUGGUGUGCAGCUAUGGCUCUGUUAGCUCUCUGGGCUGUGACCUGCCCCAGAACUCUGCCCUGCUUAGCAGAAGGACCUUUGACCUCCUGGACGAAAUGAGGAGAAUCUCCCCUUUCUUGUGUCUGAAGGACAGAAGGGACUUCCGACUCCCCCGGAGGUUGGUGGACGGCGGUCCGUCGCACAAGGUCCAGGCCAUGUCUGUCGUCCAUGAGAUGCUGCAGCAGACCCUCAGCCUCUUCCACACAGAGCGCUCCUCUGCUGCCUGGAGCGCCCCCCUCCUGCAUGAACUCCGCACUGAGCUCCACCAGCAGCUGGAGCUCCUGGACACCUGCUUGGAGCAGGUGAUGGUGGAGGAAACAUCUGCCCUGACAGCUGGGGAUCCCAGUGUGACCUUAAGGAAGUACUUCCAGAGAAUCCGGCUCUACCUGGAAGAGAAGAAAUACAGUGACUGUGCCUGGGAAAUUGUCCGAGUGGAGAUCCUGAGAGCCAUCUCUUCAGCGGCCAAACUGCAAGAAAGGUCGAAUCAGGAUGGACACCUGGGGUCAUCUUGA